UAUUAUAUAUAACAAAAUGAAUUUUAAGGAUCAACAAAAAUAUGGCUAUCACCUUUCACAGAAGUUGCACAUCCGACAGAUAUAUGGAGGCAACAAGUUUCGCUAUUUUGACAGAUGUCCGGAUAAUUUUCAAAUUCCAUUGGAUAGCAUAUUGGGUCAAGAAAGCAUCAAGAAAGGACAUGUAGCAGUAGGUUUUUCGCCUGAUGGGAAGUACUUGUUGUCGUAUCAGUGUAAGGUGCAGUGUCACAUGGACUUUGGACCGGUUUCCUACAGAUAUACACUUCAUUUUUGGCUGUUUGAUUUAAGAAAUCCUUUAAAAAAGGUGCGUAAGGUGAAAUUGUUUGCCGAUGAAACAAUUCAUCGUCCACUACAUAUCCAAUUCUGUCAACCAUCAGAUUGCAACUACAUGGUGUUACAUGGUUGCACAUACAGCGUGGAUGUAUCAAGUAAUGGUAAAAUCUCAUAUGUCUCCAUCAUUCCAUCGCCUGAUGCUGCCACGUUAAACUACUGCAUGCAUUUGCGAUAUGAACUGUUGCCCCCUCAUCCACCAUUCGUCACAUCUGUCUGUUUAAAACUACCAAAUGUCGUGUUGUUAAACUCAGGAGAUAUGCUAUUUGCAAUUUUAUUGAAUGAUAAAAAGUUGUUCCAGUCUCACAAUGUGGAGUAUAAAACCAAGUCCAACAAUGAAAUGUGCUAUUGUUCCAAAAGUAAUACAAACAAACAGUCGCAAUCUACUUCUCAUGAUUUAACCGAGGAAAUAGUUCUCCAAACGGAUCAAGAUAAAGUCAAAAAUGUUGUCGAUACAUCUGUGAAUAUUACAAAUACAUUGGAAGAAUGUGACGAUAUAAACUUUGGAAAUACUGAUUCACAUGACAACAUACUGCCCUUACCAUUUUCCGAACAGGGCAGCAGCACAAACACUGAGUAUGUUUCCUUUGUCGUGCAAGGUUAUUCAAUACCAAAUGAGUUAGAAUCGCAAGAAUCCUUGCCUUCUUCACCUUUUGAUUGUACAGCUACAGUGAUGCCAGCAAAAAUUUCUUCUGUGUGUAACCAAGAAAUUCUGAAGCAGACGUAUGAACAUAGAUGCUUUAGAAAUUCCAACAAAGGUAACAAGCAAGGUUGUGAUUUUUUCUUCUGUCAAGCCCAGUUUGAUGCUGAGAACUUCGUUAACGAAGAAAUCCAAUUAUGUGAAGAUAUCAACAAACGUUUCGUCUCCAUGCGAGAUUAUGAUAUGCAAGUGGUCGAUACAUGUCAGGUGACGAACGAAGUUAUUAUUCUGAUCAACGCCCUCGUCAUCCUCCGUGACAAAGUUCAUCGCAGUGACAAUAAAUGUGAAACCAAGUCGAACCGAGAAAAGUACUACAAGUUAGUUUUGUACACGCUGGGUUAUAUCGCAUCCUGGGAUAUUUAUACUGGUGAAGUUAAAGUAUUGAAGAGAUUUCCUUUAAUAGAAGGACCUGGUACGCUUUGCAAAACUCGGAAAUUCUCGCCCAGCCUAUCUCAAGCUGUGCAGUUACGAAAGUCGUGGUUUGUACCAAUUGCCAAAAGUGCAAGCAUACACACUUUGUCCAACCAUACUGUAUUCACUGGAAAGUCCUUGCAGUAUUUUUUCAACCCGGUCCUGCCAAUCGCUGUUGUAAGAGGGGGUCAAACGACUGUUGGUUCAUAGUUUUUUUACUCCACCGGCAACCAAGACUGUUUUCCAUAUGUUAGAGUCCAUAUGUAAAUUCGUCUGUUACAAACGCUUGCAGUAGGACUGACAUCGUCGAUACGCCUGCAUCCAAAUAUUUCCCUCUUUUCAUCUUAAACAUUGCUGUUCCUCCUCGUGGGUAACUUCUUAUCCAAUGUUUUUGGUUUUUAAUUCUUAGCUUUCAAUUUUCGGAUAUAUUAUGCUACUCCGCAGAAAAGACACAAUUGGACAUACUCGAUAUUU